AUGUUUGAGGAGAAUGACAUGUUGGACAUAUCACAAAAUACUGAGAUAACAAUUCCUGACGUCUCUCCCGAAUCUGUUCGUGUUAUGGUGGAAUUUUUCUAUACAGGAGAAAUUAAAGCCAUAUCGGAAAGUAAUGUUGAUGAGCUUUUUGCUCUGGCACAUAAAUACAAAGUGGAACCGUUAAAAUAUGAAUGCGAACAUUUUUUGUCUUCAAAGAUUAGCGGGGAUUGGAUUGCAAAACCAAAAAUCGGACCGUCGGGAGUGCCUUUUGUUGCUGCACAUCCACCUUUCGAUCCAAACAAUCCUAAACCUCCAAACCUUGAUGGGAAAAAUAUUUUAAAAUAUUGCAAAUUUAUUUGUUUGUAUAAAGCUGAAAUUUUGGAGAAAGCUUGUACAAAUUAUAUUCGAGUAAUUAAAAAUUGGUUUUUAAAAAGUAAAGAAUGGGAAGAUGUUAAAAAUAAAUAUCCAGAAUUGGCUAUGAAGUUUUUGGAAAUUGGAUAUUUGGAAAUUGGGAAUAAUACUAAUAAAUAUUUAAAUUAUCCAAUGCAUUGA